UAAUUCGAUUGCCGUUGAUCGGUAUCAUCCCACAACACGUCCGCCGUUGCUUUCCCACUGAACAAAUCUGCAAUCGUCGUCAAAUUCGAUUGUCUCACGUCUCUCACUCACGACACAUUUUUUUCUGCCACAAAAUCGCGUAGCAAGUCUGCUGGUCAGACUUAUCCCAUACGCGACCUGGUCAAUACCGCUGGCACAUGUUCUUACGACUCUGGCCUUCUGAGAAACUGCUCUACAUUCCUUUCGAAGCUCGUCAUUUUCAAGCCGUUUCUGCCCGAUUCCCGAAAACCUCCACCACCUUCAACGAAAAGACCGACAGGAUGGCGUUGUCGAGCAAGUCCUUGGCCGGCCCUGGCUACAUCAUUUUGAACGGCCUGCGCGUCAUGAACAUCAUCAGUUUCCUCGCCGUCAUCACUGCAAGCAUCGUCAUGCUUGUCAAGACGUCCGUUACGACUCAUCUUUUCUUUUUCGACGCCCUGUGCCAUGUGAUUACGGCCAUCUCUAGCAUGUUCUUUAUCGCGUCGGAGCUUUGUGUUUUCCCUCUCUACUUUGAACGUUACUGGCCGUUGCUCAGCCCGAGACAUGGCCUGGUCACGCUUGCCAUCGCUAUGAUUGUCAUUGGUAUCACCGUCAUGGGCAAUCUCAACAAGGAUGCUGGAAGUGUUGAACACCUCGGACUUGCAUUCUGGCAGAUUGUCAUCUCCUCUGGCAUCCUCAUCUUCAUUUUGGGACACUUGAACUUGCUCGCCACUUUCAUUUUCCGCGAUCGCAAACAGGACAUCAACGCUCGCAUGGUCCGCUCCAACGGCGCUGCUGAGUACAAGACUCCUAUCCAAGAGAGCAGCAGCUACAAGGGCACUCCACCCGCGCCGGUUCUCGCACAGACGUACAUCUCUCAACCUAUGACACCUCCCGGCGGCAAAGGCAGCUCCUUCCGAAUUUUCGGCGGCGACCGCAGCCCUGAGCCCACUCUGCCAUCCUACCACAACCGCAGCGAUUCUCCCGACAGACUCGAGCCCGGCAACAUCUCGCCCACGAGCAAGUACUCCCGCAACACCGCCUGCACCCGGAAGACCAUGUGGGGCAAUUUCCUCGGCGCCAACUCCCGCCGCAGCCGUAUGAGCCUGGCGCCGCCGUUGCCCAUCAAUUCCUCGUUCUCUGGUGGCAUGCGCCAAGCCAACCACUCGCCGGAGAUCUCGGGCCCGUUGAAUACCAACCCGCAGUUCUCGCACCUUGCCCGCCCGGAUAGCGCUAUGCACCCGAGCCGAAGCGGCGAGAGCGAUCCUUAUCGAUGGAAAGUGUGAGCAGCACGACUCUUGCGAUCGGGGAGUACCCUGAGGAGGAAUCUGUGAAAGGUUGCUUUGCGUUCGUCUUGCUUUGGUGACUUCUGAAUUGUUCUUGUGGCUUGUCUAUUUUUCAGCGCAAGUCUCGAAUUGCUACUUCUUGAUCGCUCGACGAG